UAUUAAUUUUGAUCGAAGCAUACAGGCAGUGUCAACAUAAUGGCAAGGAACAGUGGACUUACUAUUUCUUCAAAAAGCCUAAAACUUGGUACUCUAUUGCUAUUUGUUGGAUUUAUAUUGCACGUACUUGGAUUUUCGAUUGCGAAAUGGGCUUCUCUUAAAUUGUCCCCUUCUAGCAAAUAUCUCAGCGUUCUGUCGUCUUACCAUGUUGGAUUAUGGAAAUACUGUGGCUGUAUAGAUAUUGGAUUGGAACACUGUAAAUGCUUCGAUCGAAGCGGGUAUCCAGCAUGGGUCCAUGCAGUACAAGCCAUGGAGACACUUGGCCUUAUUGGAUUGGUUUCUUCUGGAAUUAUUUGUUUGAUUCUUGUAUUUUACAGACAGUCAAUGGCGUUGAAACAUUUGAAUAUUUUCUUGAUUUUAUGUUCGAGUGUUUCAAUUGCGACCGGGUUGAUCAUUUUUGCGAUUGAAUACACUCAGGACUUUAUUACCCUGUUUAAACUAAACGGUUCAAUCGACGGAAAAGACACAUACGAAAAAAUUGGCGCGUCCUUCAUCUUAUGCGCUGUUGCCGCAGGAAUAUCCUUACUGGCAUGCUUGCCUCUAUUCCUGAUUGACCUGAAACCUCAAAGACCAGAGUCUACAAACAUGCAGCGGCCUGUGCAAUACUCGAGCCAAGGUCAUGUCAUGAGUGUACCACCGCAUCAGGUACAUGUUAUUCCGAAUGUUUCAGGUCAGCAACCAUUGAUGAGUUCUGUGCCAGCAUACGGACCUUCCAGUGUGCCUCCACAGUACACACCACAAGCGUCCUGGGGAUGUAACACGACUUAUCCUCUGCCUCAAGCAGACGGUAUACCUCACAAAGGGUAAAAAGAUACCGAUAAAAAUGAUAUGAUAU